AUUACAAGCAAAUGGAACCUGCUACUUACAACAACGCUCCACUCCUUGGCAUAUUAGCCUGGUUGAGUGGUGGUCACGGCGGUUACAGUCAACUCCUUCUAGUGGUUCCUGUGCCAAAAGCAGCCAUGGCCAAGCCAAGUCUAGCUCCUGUAACUGCUUCCAACAAGCUGUCCAUCGAGCAGAAGCUAAUGGCUUCAUGGACUGCCAACAGGAGAACUUACCACAGAUGCUAGACAGUGGUGACCAACAAAUCGGACAAGAUGCUGAAAUAUGUCAACCUGUCGAUCUCCAAGCUCUACGGUCCUCUGUGGGGACUAACCAAGUCCAGCGACUUGGACGUGUUCCCUUCCUGGAUCUAAUCCUUACCUUCAGGGAAGAGCCUCGGGGAUGUAAAGGAUUGUGCAGCAAUACCUAUUGGAUACGGCCUUCGAAAGUUCUCGCUUUCUUUCUUUUCAAAAUUUUUUGUCUUCGCUUCAUGAUGUCAGAACCUGCUUCCAAGCUGAAUAAGGGUGAAGAUCAGAGGACAAAAGGAGUGAAGAGACAUUAUAAAACGAGUGCAAUCUCUUUCCCCUCAACUUCGCUGGUUAAAAGAGAGAGUCUGAGAUGUGCCGCAGCAAAGAUGGUUUGCUGAGAAGUGAGAAAAGAAAGGGCUUCCUUAGAGUUCGUGGGGUCCCUUUUGUUUCUUGAGUUUUUUCCUUCUUGCUUUGCAACAAUUUCUGUGUUUGUUAGGAUAUAGCCUUCUACAAAACAGUUGUAUCUAUUCAGCUUUUGAAGAAUUUAAGGUAUAAAAGUUUACUUUUGCUCA